GGAACAUCUGGACGGUAGGGGGACGUCGUAAGCGCUGAAAAGACCACGGAUACCGUCGUAGACCUUUCCUCCUCUAUCCCCGUCUCCGACGGGGUUGCCUGCUUCGGAGCCUUUGGAAUAAUAAUCUCUUGCCUUUCCCUCUCAAACCCUAGCCCUAAUCGAUCUUAAAACGAAAAAAGGGUAGCGGAGAAAUCCUCCUCCGCGUAUCUGGAUUUCAAUUCUUUGGUGUUAGUGUUCCUGGAUUUUAAACCCUAAUCAUCUAAUCGGCGAUGGAUGGGAACAAAGACGAGGCUUUGAAAUGCCUGAGGAUCGGAAAGGAAGCCUUGCAGUCAGGGGACCAAACCCGUGCCCUUAAAUUCCUGACCAAAGCCCGCCGCCUCGACCCUUCUCUUCCGAUCGAUGAUCUCCUAUCCGCUGCUGCGGAUGGAGGAUCCCGUGGCUCUUCCCCGCCGGAUGGUCCUGGCAACCCCCGCGAAGAGCCCGAGAGGCCGACCCCAGGCUCUGCUUCGGCAUCCUCUUUCGCUACUGCUAGGGCUGCGGCCUCAACUUCUUCCGAGGGAUCUUCGAGGGCUUACACGGAGGAGCAGAUAACUGUCGUCAGGCAAAUCAAGAGGCAGAAGGAUUACUAUCAGAUCCUGGGGUUGGAACGCAAUUGCACCGCGGAAGAUGUUCGGAAGGCGUACCGAAAACUAUCCCUCAAGGUCCACCCUGAUAAAAACAAGGCCCCCGGUGCCGAGGAAGCCUUUAAGGCCGUCUCUAAAGCUUUCCAGUGCCUUAGCAAUGGAGAGAGUAGGAAAAGCUAUGAUCUUGUUGGAUCCGAGGAGCCUGCUUACGAUAGGGCUGCGGCAAGGCGCCGUGCGCGUGGGUUUGAUGGCUUUUAUGAUGCCGAAGUUGAUGCGGAGGAAAUAUUUAGGAAUUUCUUCUUUGGAGGAAUGGCCCCAGCAGCCACAUCGUUUGGUCCAUUCCAAUUUGGAGUCGGUGGCAUGGGUGGCCCAAGCUUUCACCAGAUGCAGGGUGGUGGUAACUCCAACCUCCGUGCUCUGAUUCAGAUCCUGCCUGUUAUUAUUCUGAUUCUGUUGAACUUCCUCCCAUCCAAGGAUCCCGUUUAUUCAUUUUCUCGCGCAUAUCCUUAUGAACACAAAAUUGUGACUGCAAGAGGCGUGCCUUAUUUUGUCAAGUCACCAAAGUUUGAGCAGGAGUACCCUUACCAAAGCUCGGAACGUGCUUCUCUGGAGCAGCAUGUUGAGAGGGACUAUCUUACGAUCCUUGCACAGAAUUGUCGAGUCGAGCUGCAGCGGCGUCAAUGGGGUCUAUCAUACCAAACGCCUAACUGUGACAUGCUUCGGAAGUUUCAAGAAACAGCAUCUUAAUGUCAUCGGCUCAAGAUUGACAAGAAAUAUACUUCAGAUUUGGAGAUGACUUGUUGAGGAACACCAAGCUAGCUUUUUAUAUUCUUUUUGCAACGGAGAAAAUUUGGGUGAAGUAGUUUGCCUUUUGCAUUGCACGACCCAUGUUUGGUCUAUACCAUCUUCAAAAAACCUGCAAUUUCAUUGCUGCUAGGAAUUUGAUACUGGUCGUAUUAAUGUCGAUAUCAGGCGGUGCCUAUCCCUUUCAGCCUUUGGUUGAUCAAAUUUAAACUCUUCCAACCUACUUGGUACAUAAAAAUAAGUAUGUUUCUGAUGUCAUUUUGUUCCAUUUGUAUUAAACCGUUCUCAGCAUGACGGAAUACUUGCCCGGCUUUUCC